AUGUCAAAUAAGACCAAAUUCAAUUUAAAUGAUUUAGUUCAAACUAAACAAAGUUCAAAUCUCCCAUCAGCACCACGUUCAUCCUAUUCAGAGGAUGAUGAAAAUCAAGGUGGUUACAGUGGUGGUGGUUACAAUAAUAGAGGCCCAAGAACCUAUGGUAGCCAAUAUUCAUCCUCAUCAUCAUCCUCCUCACCACAAGAAAAGAAAGUCUCUGCUCCAACUGAGGAUGAUUUCCCAGCUUUAGGUCAAGAAAAGAAACCAAGACAACCAAGACAACAAUCACAAUCUUCUUCUCAACCACAACCACCUUCAUCUGGUGAACGUGUUGACCCAUUUGGUAAUGCUAGACCAACUGAUGGUCAAAGAGGUGAAGAUUCACCAUCUGAAAGAGAUUCAGAGGAAAGAGAGGAAAGAAGAAAUGAUGAUAGAUACGAACCAAGAAGACAACAAAAUGAUGAUAGAGAUGAUCAAGAUAGAGAAGGUGGUUUCAACAGAGGUGGCUAUAACAGAGGUGGUUAUGGUGGUAAUCGUGAUGGUGGUGAUAGAGAAGGUGGUUACAACAGAGGUGGCUAUGGUGGUAAUCGUGAUGGUGGUGAUAGAGAAGGUGGCUACAGAGGUAGUUAUGGUGGUGGCGGUGAUAGAGAAGGUGGUUACAACAGAGGUGGUUAUGGUAAUCGUGACGGUGGUGAUAGAUACAACAACAACCGUGACAACGAUAGAAAAGACGAUCGUUUCAGCAAUGGUGUUUCCCCAUUCAACUUCAAGAAUAACAAUAACCGUGAUCGUGAUGGUGGUGAUAGAUACAAUAACAAUAGAAACAGUGGUGAUAGAGAUCAAGGUGGUUACAGAGGUACUCAAGAUCGUGAAGGUGGUGACAGAUACAACAAUAACAACAGAGACGGCGGUUAUAACAGAGGUGGUUAUGGUGGUAAUCGUGAUGGUGGUGAUAGAGAAAGAAAUCCAUUCGGUGGUUCCCCAAGAAACUACGAUAACAACAGAAAUGAUCGUCCAAGAGAAGAACGUAGACCAUUCGUAUCAAAAGUUGACUCUGUUGAUGAUUGGAGAAACCCAUCUGAAGAUGUAUCCACUAAUGCAUUCAACAAACAAAGAAAACCAGCAUUCAAUAACAACAAUGAGCAAAGAAGUUAUAACAAUAAUAACAACUAUCAAAGACGUGACAACAACGAACAACAUGAUCAACAAAACUAA